AGUUUGAGCGCACUCACUACCCCGACGUCUUCGCCCGCGAGCGCCUGGCUGCCAAGAUCGACCUGCCCGAGGCCCGGAUCCAGGUCUGGUUCUCCAACCGACGGGCCAAGUGGCGACGCGAGGAAAAGCUACGGAACCAGCGGCGCCAAGCGGGCGGCUCCGGGCACCUGCCCAUGGGCACCGGGGCCUUCCCUGGCACUGGGGCCUUCCCGGCCGCGCCCCCAGCCGGGUCAG